AUGGAUCAUAACGAGCUCAAUUCUCCAAUAGAACAGUACCAGCUUUCGUUUCCAAGUUGCGCCGGCAGCAGUAGCAACACCACCGCUGCUAGUUCUAGCAGGAGGGGCAAGGGCAAGGAUGGGCCGGAGAACGGGAGGUUCAGGUACCGAGGAGUGCGGCAGAGGAGUUGGGGGAAAUGGGUGGCGGAGAUUCGAGAGCCCAGGAAGCGGACUCGCAGGUGGCUGGGGACCUUUUCCACCGCCGAGGACGCCGCCAAGGCCUACGACCGGGCGGCGCUCGUCCUCUACGGCCCACGAGCGCAGCUCAACCUCCAAACAUCCUCUACCCCUGCAGCCGCGCAUCACGUCGGCGCCACCGCCACUACCUCCUCCUUCACCACCACUCUCCGACCGAUACUCCCUCGUCCCUCCGGCUUCCACUUCCCCAUCGCAUCGUUGCCACCCAACAACAUCUCUCCUUUCCUAACCACCAACACGACCGACAGCACGAUCAUGUCCCCGGGCCCGGCGGCGGAACCGCCAAGGGUGGAGGUCGGAGCACUAGCGGCUGGCGCUAACCAUCUCGGCUGUAGCGAUCCCACAAACUUCGACGAGAUGAGAACUUUGGCCGGGUCGGUCAGCUCGAGCUUGUCCCGGUCAUGGCCGCCGGUGAUGACUACAGCGAGCUCGAGUUCGGCGCCGCUACUGUCGUCGCCAUUGUGGGAUUACGACGACUACGAUGCCGUGGCUUCUUGUCUAUGGGAUGACACCGAUCCUUUCUUCUUCGAUAUAUGA